AUAUAGCGCGGGGAGCUGUCCGGGUGCUGAAACGGAACAGGCGCGCAUUAGGACGCACGCUGAGGAAAUGCUAUUUUCGCCUGCAUCUUUUCUCUGAGCUCCUACCUCACAAAAGGCGGCAAUGACGCUUCCCCUACGCAAGCUUUCAGCAGGAGAAGUAGCGGUUCUCCUCGCCGCUCUCCUUCACUCUCUCGCCGUGCAGGGCGCGUCCAUUCGCCCCCACCGGCUGCGCGGUGGGGACGAUACCGGACACCUAGCCCCGAGCUCUGAUAUGAUUAAAGCCUUGGAGUAUAUUGAGAGCCUGAAGCAGCGGACAGACGGCUCGGAAGGGCCAACCGGGAACUACGACGAGGUGGACAAAUUCCGCCUUCUGGUGCAACUCGCAUCGCUGCAGGGCGAGGAGGCUCCCGCACGCGAGGAUGCCACCCGCUGGCCCGACAGUAAGGCCCCACAGUGGGUGCGAGCCCUGCUCAGAACACUGGAGCAGGCAGGGGAGAGCGCGCUGACGCCUGGAGACGAGCGGCGCGUGUUUACGAGCAGACGCCCGGCUGCUGAAGCCGAAAGCCCCGCGGGUGAAUACGGGGGAAUCGUGAGGCCUCACAAGAAAUAUCCGCUCAUGUUUGAAGACGAGGAAAACGUCAGAGACGCCAAGCGCGCCACAGAAGACAUGGUCGAGCAGUACACGCCGCAGAGCCUCGCCAACAUGCGCUCCAUACUCGAAGAGCUCGGGACAUUGUCGGCCGCGCAGAGCCAGAAGAGAGACGAGCCGGUUGGCGACGAUGACGCCAGUGACGACAUGUACAGGGUCAGAAACCUCGCGUAUGAAGACGUGACCGGAGGAGAGGACUGGAUGCCGUUAGAGGAACAAGUAGAGACGGAGGAGGUAGUUAAGGGCAGUCAUGAAGAGUUUGACCGGGGACUGGGAGACAGUGCAGAGGAGACUGAGACGAUUGAGAGACGAGCCAGCCCGUUUGAAGCCAAAGAGGACCCGGAUGAUGACACAAAACUUGUGGAUUACUACCUGUUGAAGGUCCUGGAAAUGACUGACCAGGCCCAGAAACGAGACCUGAUGGACGCGCAGAACGGAAGAAGGAGACUACUGAAUCGUCCUUCUCUGUUCGACCCACGGGCAAUCAAACAGCUGCUGUCGGCUGUUUCAGUGAAGCUGCAAAUACCUCCCGAAGAUCUCGUCGGCAUGCUUUUUAUGGAAGAGACGAGGAAACAGCAGCGACUGCCCGAUUCGCAACCUCCGAGGAAACCCAGCCCACCGCGCUACAAGAGUCGGGUCAUCAAGUAUUACAACGGCCGCCAGCCCGAGGUUACACUGAGCGACAUACCCGCGGACGUCAGGACCGAGGAUAUUCUGAAGGUCCUAGGGCUGGGUAACUUAGCCAACAAGAAUGCCAAAUAUUACAUCAAACCGCGACCUUACAAAACUUCCGUGUCAAGAUACUUCACGCCAAGCGGCAGGCGGGGCAGCCUCGCGCUACCGGAGAUACCCAGGGGACCGAGCAAAAGAAAAGCCGAUUAUGACGACACUGUGGACGAAGACGAGGUGGCGACCUUCCUCGCCGCCAAGCUCCUGACCGAGUACCCCGAGUCUAGUGCCUCCGACAGAAAAAGAGCUGGAGAACCCGGUUUAAACGGACACUUUCCGUACGAGGUUUAUGAAGAGGCGAUGAAAGAUUACUUCGACCAAGUGGACACUGGUAAGAGUGCGCCCGUGAAAAGAGACACGCACGCGAAGGAGGACGCAGACGCACCGCAGAAGCCGCCGCAAAAAGAGAGCGCGGGACCGGAGCAGACUAACCUGCAGCUCCCGGAGUCCGUAACCGAAGGGGAGAAAGAGCACCAUAGUAAAUCGGUUGCCGGGAUGUAGUGGGUACGAGAGCAGCGCAACGGAACACCGAUGGUCAUCCCUCCCACAGUGGGCGAUGCCUAUAUUUCUUCAAAAAGUAACCGACGUUUAAAGUGCUUUAGUUUUCAUGAAAUUCUCUAUGAUGUAAAUAUUAUAUCCUAUAUAAACGUGCUAAGAGUAAAUGGCAUUUCGUCUGUUAUUGAGUAGUAGUAUUUCGAGCGUUCUUGUUGCGGUCGUUGGUAUGACGUCCGCUUUUACCGAGCAGUGCGGAGCUUUGUAUGCCCACCUCAUACGAGCAUCAUCAAAGGUGGAUGUGAUACUCAUUUCGUAAUCAGCCUAUUUUGUACAUGUUAUUCAGUGUGAGAUGACGCAGAUUAAUAAAGCAUUCCUGUAUUAUUUUUC